GGCCUGGUCACCUAGCCACCAUGUCCUCCGACUUCGAGGGCUACGAGCAGGACUUCGCGGUGCUCACUGCUGAGAUCACGAACCGCAUCGGGAAGGUGCCCAAGUUGCUGGGGGAUGAGAAGAAGCAAAUGGUUUCAAAUGUGGAAAAGCAGCUGGAAGAAGCAAGAGAACUUCUGGAACAAAUGGAACUUGAAGUUCGAGAAAUCCCUCCACAAAGCCGAGGCAUGUAUAGCAACAGAAUGAGGAGCUACAAACAAGAAAUGGAGAAACUUGAAGCUGAUUUUAAAAGGUCACGGAUUGCCUACAGUGAUGAGGUGCGGAAUGAGCUCCUAGGGGAUGAUGGGAAUUCCUCGGAGAUCCAGUUGAUAAAAUUACGUGAAGAGAGGGCACAUCUGCUCGAUAACACAGAGAGGCUGGAAAGGUCAUCUCGGAGACUAGAGGCUGGAUACCAAAUAGCAGUGGAAACUGAGCAGAUUGGUCAGGAGAUGUUGGAAAAUCUUGGCCAUGACAGAGAGAAGAUUCAGCGUGCUCGAGAACGACUGAGAGAAACAGAUGCAAACCUGGGUAAGAGUUCGAGGAUCCUAACUGGAAUGUUACGAAGGUAAGGGCCAGGAUCAUCCAAAAUCGGAUUUUGAUAGUUAUCUUGGGGAUCAUCGUCAUCUUUGCAGUCGUGAUGGUUAUUUUUUUUUCUGUCAGGGGACACUGAUAUCUUUGUUCUUCACUAACCAGCAGCAAACUGCUUCAGAGUAAUUAAGACACAGUGGUCACAUGAAUCGUUCUCUUGCACUGAAAUGGUUCUCCCUCGCAAAGCCUGGCCUUCAGCUCUGGUGCAAGUAGCAAACAUAUUUUG